AGUUUGAUUAGUAUGCACGUCACAUAAAGAGAGGCAGGCUUCAACUAAAAUUCCUCCUGUCAAAAUGAAACUCAGACAAUAGAGUUCGAGAUUGAUUCGCUUUUUUUAUAAAACAAAAUUCAAGAGUUCAUCAGGCCAUUCUCCACAACAUAGCAGUGUCUCUGACCAACAAUGAUAUGGCUGCGGCCAGCUGUCUGCUGUCUGAAGAUCAGUUUAUGUGCCCAAUCUGUCUGGAUGUGUUCACUGAUCCAGUCACCACAUCCUGUGGACACAACUUCUGCAAAAACUGCAUCAAUGAACACUGGAAUGUAAAUGUCCUGUGGCAGUGUCCCAUGUGUAAAGAGGUUUUUACCACAAAACCUGAACUGCACAUUAACACUUUCAUCUCUGGGUUGGUUGCUGAAUUCAGAGAGAAUGCUCAAUGGAAAGCUAACAGCAGCAACUCAGAGGAUGCUAAACCAGGAGAAGUUCCCUGUGACGUCUGCACUGGUACCAGGCUGAGGGCCCUGAAGUCCUGUCUGAUGUGUCUGACCUCGUACUGUGAGACUCACCUGGAGCCUCAUCUGACAGCUUCAGGUCUAAAAAGACAUCAGCUGAUCGACCCUGUGGAGAACCUUGAAGGCCGGAUGUGUACAAAGCACGAUAAACCUCUGGAGCUGUUCUGUAAAAUAGACCAGACAUGUGUCUGCAUGCACUGCACUGUUUUAGACCACAAGACACAUGAAGUUGUUCCUCUGAAAGAAGGAUAUGAAGUAAAGAAAGCAGAGCUGGGGAAGACUGAUGUUGAAAUACAGCAAAUGAUCCAGAAGAGACAAAAGCAGAUUCAGGAGGUCAAACAGUCACUCAGCUUCAGCAAUGAAAAUACAGAGAGAAAGAUAGCAAAAGGUGUGCAAGUCUUCACAACUCUGAUGUCUACUGUUGAGGGAGAGAUGAACAAACUCAUUGAGACGAUUGAUGAGAAGAACAGAACAAUCGAGAAACGGGCUGAAGACCUAAUCAAAGAGCUGGAACAGGAAAUCUCUACACUGAAAAAGAGAAGUACUGAGUUGGAGCAGCUCUCAUGCUCUGAAGACCACCUCCACUUCCUUCAAAGCUUCCCAUAUGUGAAACCUGCACUACUCAUCAAGGACUGGAAGAAGAUUAACAUCAAUCCACUGUCAUAUGAAGGGACUGUUUUGAGAGCUGUGUCUCAGCUGGAGGAGACAUUCGUUAAAGAGAUUAGUAAACUGGUUGAAGCAGAGCUGAAGAGGGUCCAGCAGUAUGCAGUGGAUGUGACUUUGGAUCCUGAUACAGCACAUCCUGAACUCAUCUUGUCUAAUGAUGAAAAACAAGUACAUCAUUGUGCUGUUAAGAAGAAUCUCCCAGACAACUCAGAGAGAUUUUCUAAUUCUGUUUCUGUCUUAGGAAAGCAGAGUUUUUCUUCAGGCAGAUUUUACUAUGAGGUUAAAGUUACAAGAAAGACUCAAUGGACUUUAGGAGUGGUCACAGAGUCGAUCAACAGGAAAGAGAACAUCCCACCCAGCCCACAGGAUGGUUAUUGGGCUAUAUGUUUGAGAAAUAGAAAUAAGUACAAAGCUUUUGCUGAUCCUGAUGUCUAUCUCUCUUUAAAGUGGAAGCCUCUGAAUGUGGGCGUGUUUGUGGAUUAUGAGGAGGGUCUGGUCUCCUUUUAUGAUGUAGAAGCUCCAGCUCUUAUCUACUCCUUUACUGGCUGCUCCUUCACUGAGAAACUUUACCUGUACUUUAGUCCUUGCCCUAAUGAUGGUGGUAAAAACUCUGCACCUCUGAUCAUCCUUCCUGUCAAUCACAAUACUUAGGACCAAUCACUUGAUUUUGAAUGAAUGUGAUUAGUGUUAGGUAAUUUGGUAUCGUAAUUGUCUUCUGUUAUUAUACUCCAUACUGAUUAUUUAACCAAUGACAACCCUGUGGGACCCUCUAAUGUGUCUUGAAGUGAGUUAAAAUGUGUAGAAAAUUGUGGACAUUGGGAAUACUCACAUUGUAUAUAAGGAGUAAAUUCUAAAGUUAUAGAGUCCUGAGUUUAUACAUUUUGUUCAAUAUAAGUUUCAUAUAGCUUUAUAAGUUUGCAAGGCUUUCAAAACAUCAAGAAUUGCAUUACCACAUUAAUAAAAAUCCAUUAUUUGGUUGUAAAUCUAUGCAUACAGUACUUUUAUGUAUGAUCAAUGUACAAAUAAAUGAUUUUGACUGAAUUAU